AUGGAAGAAAAGACGUCUAAGGAGGCGCCUCCUCACUAUGAGCAUGUGGUCCAGGCCAAUAAAGCAGAGCUGGAUGAGGCGGCCAACGCUGAUGCGCCUGAGCGCCGCCAGGCUAUCGGUAUCAAUAUCGUUCAGAAUCCGUUGAUGCGCAGCUCCAAGCAGCAGGCUAUGAUUGAUGCCCGUGCCUAUGCCGAGUCACACAACAUGAGUGAGUACGCCGACCUAUUUGGUCGAGCUGCUGUGAUUGCGCGGAGCCCCAACGACUUCCCGUCGGCUACCGAGAUUGACGAAGAGGAGCGCGCCGCGCUUACAUACGAGAGGGACCAUAAAUGGCAUGGUCCGAAAAUGCUCUGGUACUCAAUCGGUCUGUGUGCUGUCGGAGCCGCCACACAAGGAUGGGAUCAGACUGGAUCUAACGGUGCCAACCUGUCCUUCCACGAGGAAUUCCAUAUUGACGGCAAAGGAACGGAUGAAUGGAUUGUGGGAAUCGUCAACUCUAUCAUCUUCUUGACCGCGGGUCUCAUUGGUGCUUGGAUUGUCGAUCCGCUUAACCACUAUCUGGGCCGACGAGGUGAGAUUUUCGUCACUGCUCUGUGUCUCACUGCUACGCCAAUUGGCUCUGGUUUUGCACAGUCAUGGCAAGGUCUCUUCGCUGCGCGAUUUGUGAUGGGUAUCGGCAUUGGGGCAAAGAACGCUACGGUGCCGAUCUACUCGGCUGAGAUGGCUCCGGCCCGGACUCGAGGUGCUCUUGUUAUGUUCUGGCAACUUUGGGUCGUAGCUGGUAUUUUCUUGGGCUUUGCUGCCAAUGUUAUUGUCAAAGACGUCAAAGACAUCGCUUGGCGUCUCCAACUCGGUUCCGCGUUUAUCCCAUCUUUCAUCCUCGGUGCUGGAAUAUAUUUCUGCCCUGAGUCUCCUCGCUGGCUUAUGAAGCAUAACAGACAUGCUGAAGGAUUCAACUCGAUGUUGCGCUUGCGAGCUCAUCCAAUCAUUGCUGCCAGAGACUUCUAUUAUUCAUACGUUAUCUACGAAGAGGAACUCAAGGAGGCUCGUGGCGCGGGCUAUUUCUCUCGUCUGUGGGAUUGUUUCGCCGUUCCGAGGAUCAGACGGGCGAACUAUGGUGCCUCGACGGUCAUGAUUGCGCAACAAAUGUGCGGUAUCAACAUCAUUUCUUUCUACAGCUCAACCAUCUUCCGAGACGUCGGAUACACAGAGGACCAGGCCUUGUAUGCCUCUCUUGGCUACGGUGCUAUCCAGGUCGUGGCCACCAUUCCUACUUUAUUCCUGAUUGAUACGAAAGGCCGAAGAACCCUGACGUUAAUUACAUUCCCCUUCAUGUGCAUCUUCCUGCUAGCCGCUGGUCUCUCUCUUCUAAACAACACAGAUAAUCAUGCCGCGAUGAUUGCACCGGUUGCCUUGUUUGUGUAUCUAUUCACUAUUGCCUACUCCUUAGGUGAAGGACCAGUCGCUUUCCAAUACUCCGCUGAGGUAUUCCCGACCAUUCAGCGAGAGCAAGGAAUGGCGUGGGCUGUUUGCAUCAACAACACUUUUGCUGGCGUCCUUAGUCUGACUUUCCCUCGAAUGAUGACUGUAAUGACCAAAACCGGUGCAUUUGGCUUCUAUGCUGGUCUUAACCUCAUCGCAUGGUUUAUGAUUUUCUGCUUUGUGAGGGAGACCAAGCAGCUAACUCUAGAGGAAUUGGAUCAGGUUUUCUCAGUGCCGACCAAGAAGUUCAUUCACUACGAACUGACUGUGUGGCUUCCUUGGUGGAUCAAGCGAUAUAUCUUCAGACAGAAUAUCGAACGACCACCACCAAUCAUUGCACUGGGCGACCGGGUCAGAUAA